UGUACGCUGUGUUUGUACAAAACAGUGUUGAAGACUUUGUACAUAUUGCGCUCAGGGCUAACAAAUAGAGCUGCUUAUCAAGCCCGAUCUGCCGGAAAGCCGUCCGUAGGGAGGAUGAACGAGGAGUAUGAUGUCAUUGUGCUCGGGACGGGUCUGAAGGAAUGUAUCAUCAGCGGCCUUCUAUCAGUUGACAAGAAGAAGGUCUUGCAUGUUGAUCGCAACAACUACUAUGGUGGGGAAUCGGCCUCUCUCAGCCUCAUCCAGUUGUAUGAGCGGUUCCGUGGCGGCGACAAGCCCCCCGAGAAGCUGGGGCCCUCCCGUGACUACAACGUGGACAUGGUUCCCAAGUUCAUGAUGGCCAACGGCAAACUGGUGCGGGUGCUGCUGCACACCGAUGUGGUCAAGUACCUGGAGUUCAAGGCUGUGGAUGGCAGCUACGUGCUACAGAAGGGCAAGGUGCACAAGGUCCCGGCCAACGAUACGGAGGCGCUGAGCUCGCAGCUGAUGGGGCUGUUUGAAAAGCGUCGGGCAAGGAACUUCUUCCUUUACGUUCAGGACUACGAGGAGUCGGACCCCAAAACCCACAAGGGCCUGGACCUGAAACGCAUGACCAUGAGUGAGCUGUACAAGCAGUACGACCUGUCCGAGGACACGCAGGACUUCAUUGGACAUGCGCUGGGGCUGCAUCGUGACGACGCGUACCUGACCCAGCCAGCGCUGGCCACCGUUCUAAGGAUCAAGCUCUACCACGAGUCAUUGUUCAGGUACGAGGGCCUAAAGUCGCCGUACUUGUAUCCCCGGUACGGCCUCGGUGAGCUGCCACAGGCGUUUGCCCGCCUGUCAGCCGUGUACGGCGGCACGUACAUGCUCAACCAACCGAGCAUGGAGGUGCUGUACGAGAACGGCGUGGCGGUGGGCAUCAAGAAUGGAGAUGACGUAGCUCGUGCGAAGCUGGUGGUUGGCGACCCCUCGUACUUCCCCGGCAAGACCCGAGUGGUGUCCAAGGUGGUGCGAGCCAUCGCCAUCAUGAGCCACCCCAUCCCCAACACUGACAGCGCGCACAGCGUUCAGAUCAUCCUGCCGCAGAAGCAGACUGGCCGCAAAUCCGACAUGUACGUCUUCUGUUGCUCGUACGCGCAUAACGUGGCGGCGAAAGACAAGUGGUUGGCGUUUGUGAGCACCACAAUGGAGACGCCGAACCCAGAGGUGGAUCUGGCUCCGGGUCUGGCGUUGCUGGGUCCCGUGGACGAGAAGUUCGUGGAGGUUCGGGAGGUGUGUGAGCCGCUGGAGGACGGAGCCAGGGACAAGUGUUACAUCUCCAAGGGCUAUGACGCCACCACUCACUUUGAGACGACGGUGGAGGACGUGCUGGACAUGUACCGGCGCAUUACCGGGAGGGACCUGGACCUCACUGCCAAGGACCUUUCCCAGGUCGAGAACGCCUAAACGCAUCGGAUCCGACCAGGGGGAGGGAGGAAGCGCGUGAGGGGCUGGUUUUGUCUUGCUAUCGCGGGCAGUGGCUUGUGGAGCUGUGCGUGACGGGCGCCCUCGCUGUGGGCAAUAUGGCAACUCGCAACCGACCUGGACCUCGUGGUGACUGGUAAGGAGAGGAGACCAAGGAUGUGGGGUUCCGUUGGACAGUGACGCAGGUAUAAAGACACACAAAAGCAGGCACGUUUGUAUGGACAUAUCUAAGCAUGCUCCUGCGUCGUUCACAGCCGAGGGAUUUGGAGCGACGAUGGGUUCUCGGCGUGGGCUGUGGCCGUUUUGCACAUGCAUGCAUGUGUGGAGCACCAGCUGCAGGUGUUGUGGGAGCAAAGCCCAUGCGACGCCGGGAUUGCGGUGUGAGGACUAGGGGGCCCAGGACGUGUGUUGGCCAGGACUCAAUGUGGACGGCCGUUCUCUCGGCCCCGGUCCCGGGGUGUUUGGAAAUGCGGGAGGGGUGCAAAGUGGCUGUGCCAGCCGAGUGCUUGUACCUGCGCAAGCGUCUAUGGUGGUGGGUACUGGCCAGGUCAAAGAGUGUCAAAGAUGUGCGAGGAGUCGGUUUUGUUGGCGGCUGAUGGGUGAAGCCCUUGUAAUCCCAUAAGCGCGAGUCAGUGCCCAUUUCGGUGUGUUGGCGGUUGUACGUAACAGUUUGCGAUGACAGGUGCCAUGCCGUAUGCGUGCAGAUGACGUGCGUUCUUUCGGUCUAUGAAAAUGACGCGCGGAUGUACUGGGUAGUAGUUGCCGAGGCACGAGUAUAUCACAGGGAAAGAGGGCGGAAACAGAGGAAGUUUCUGGAAGGUUUCUCUUCACGCACAUUGCGGCAUUAUUGCUGCAUUCGAGUAUUGCGUAUGGUAGUCGUAAGCCAUUUGCCCUCCUGCAAUGCAACCGGACGUUGAAAACAUACACCUGUUUCUCUUAUUUUCGUGAAAGACUUUAAUCUAGCAUAGCAGCUCGUUUGCGUACCAAUUUCAUGUAAUAGUAGGCAAGCGUGUUGGCCGUGCAGGUUUGUGCAAGCUUUGUAUAUUGUCGGGCAUUGCAUCCGCCCCGCCCUCUUCCCAUGGGUUGUAUGCGAACGUGCUUU